AUGUGUGUUGUAGCAGUCGCUGCCUCAACUGUCCGUAAUACAUCUUCUACCGCAGCAGCAAGUGAUACAGCUUCAAGUGUCGCGAUGCGUCAUCGGGCCCAUGCUCCAAAGACAGAGCUUAUUUAUUCUGCGCAAUACAAGCGUAUUUCUAUACCCGAGCUACUAAACCACGAUUCAUCCACUGCCGCACCCAAGAAGGAGCAGGUAGAACAGCGGACCAAGAAGAUGCUUGGCGCUCCGGUGAAGAGCGAGGCGGUGCCGGCACCUAACAUUCCUACCGCUUUCGCAUCGCCAAGAUCCAACACCCCUAGCCCCAGCUCUGUGGCGAGGAGGCCUCAGGGCAGGCCCAUCACACAGAAGUUAGUUGGUAUGUUUACGAUUUAUGAUUGCAAAGAAGACCUGAUUCUCGAUCUUGUAAGGACAGAGUGCUUACAACUACUAAGGGGGCCUUCUGCACCAAUCGUGAAGAGACCUAACGUUUCAUGCCUCCAAAAAAUCAUUGACUUAAAAGAACCUACAAUAUACGACCAACUAAAGAUACAGUUUCAGACGGAUGAUACCCUUCAGUUUAUUAAACUUAUCAGAGAUCACAAAGGGAAGUUGCUUCGCUUGGAAACCGUUCCUUGCAAUGAAUCCCAGAUUAAUAUAGACUUCAUUAAGAGAAACGUUUGCUAUCCAAGAUACAAGUCGAAUAUGAAAUUCUACUUAAUAAGGAGUGACUCGUUACAAAAUAAGUUCAUCUAUUAUCACAACCGCGGGACAUUUGAAAGGGAAAAGCAUCUGAUAGACCUGAACAUCGAGGUCUGGGUUAGAUAA